AUGCACAGGACGUUCCAGAGGGACUUGUAUCUACUGAGGUUGAACACACUAAGGGAGUAUGCCAAGUCCCUAAACAACAGCAUGAAUCCCAUCUCAUCUGAUCCCACCGAGCCUCUUAAACACAAUGCUAAGGUACAAGGAAUCGGUCCUACCUUCAAACUAAGGGUCAAUCUACAGAACAGGUCCCUCAGUCAGCCCUCCACCAGUUUACUGAUUACGUUCUUAUACGACGAGAAACUGUACUCCUUCAAAAAAUCCUUCAUUGGGGUUCAUAUGCUGGUUCCCGGCCUGAAUUAUGCCUUUGAGACGUUUGUUGAAUGUUUGAGUGACAAAGGAGUCUCAGACAAUAUCAAGGUGUUUGUUCUAAAGGACGGGAAGAGUGUUCCUAUCAUUACAGGCUUAAUCAGCAUGCCUGUCAGCGAGGGAUUGGUGGUGGUCUGAGGUCAUCAGAGGUCAACAAAGGUCAUACAUCUACACCCAUGCCAAGCUUAUUUUCCCUUUUUGAUGUGAAUUUCUCUCAGUGAAGAAACAUUUUGUGAAUUGUAAAAUUGUACUUUUAUUCCAUGAUGGAAAUAUUAAAUGACAUUCAAAGAACUGUUUAUGUGCAAUGAUAAAAUAUUGAGAUACUGAAUAUGUAAUAUUUAUUGUUUUAAGGGUGAAUGUAAUCUUACCUUAUUAUUUUGAGUGACGAAAAAUGAUUUUUGUUGUUUUUUUAUAGUUUUUUUUUUUCAGUAUUCCGUCCAUAUGACUAUUUUUUUGUUACUCUAUUGUGCGACAAAAAA